AUGAGUGCUAACACGAACAACCUCUCUUCGACUCCACAGACCAUUUAUGUCAAACAUGCGAUUCAUCCAGAGAGCGGUGAUUCCUUCCGCGCUGUAGCAGCUUCCACUAAAUCUCUCAAAGCAAGCCAGAAGGACUUCGGCGUACAAUGUACGCAAUGUCAAACGAAAUUGGAGAAGCCUUUGAAAUGCGCAAAGUGUAAGGGCGUCUGGUAUUGCUCAAAAGAGUGCCAAAAGAAAAAUUGGUCCACCCACAAACCGGCAUGCCAUGAGGUCGAACGCUCCUCGGGGGUAUUCAAAUUCAUACAAAUGUUCGGUGUAAACCCGGUGCUCAUGGGGCUCCUCAAAGUCGCUAUCAUCUUUGACUGUGGCCUGUUCGAGAAUCCCCGGAUCGGAUUCGAUGUGCCAUUCAUGGCACGUGCACGUGUUGACAUUGCAAUAGAACCUAGUGAUGUUCUUGACUUUGUUAGAUUGUAUUUCAAUGACAAGGCUGUUGGAGACAAACUUCAAGGGAUGUUGCAAGUCAAUACGAUCAUUCCGUGGCACCCAAGAACGCAAAGUCCCUUUAUGCCGAAGCGGCUACAGCUGUGGCGUGAGGCUCGAGCAAAGUAUAACUCAGAAGGUCUUGCCAAAGAUCCCGUAGGACUCGUAAAGUUCAUUGGCUGUAGUUGUGCAGAGGACUCAAAGAACUCAUUGACUGCUGAGUUGCACAUCCCGGCUGUUGUCCUUGACAUGGCAAGGCAACGCGAGCCCUUCACAUUUGUCUCUGCUGUCACGGGCAUGCAGUUUAACAAACCCAUGAGCACUGUGACAUGUCUAGAGUAUGUUCUCCGUUCUCAUCCUUGGAUUCUAGCAAGCGGCGCUUCUUACAUUUACAUUGCACAGGUACAUCAAUGUGCAUAUUCGAGCGGACAAGCAGAAUCAGCUACGUUUGCGGGCUGA